AUGAAUCUAGGUGAAUGGGCUAAUAAGGCUAUGGAUCCCAGAGACCGAAUCUUUGCCGUACUGAGCUUUGCGUCAGAUUCCAACGAGCUUCGCAUUCUGCCUGCCUACACUACGUCAUGUGCACAUGUGUAUCUACAAGCUGCCACAGAAAUACUGUCUCGUUCGUUAACCUUGGAUAUUUUCUAUGCUGUAUCAUCGAGUAAGAAUGUGCAGGGACUCCCAUCCUGGGUCCCAGACUGGUCCAGCCCGAAUGCUUCUACUUUUGGACCACGUCGCAUUGGUAAAGCCUGUGCCGCAGGAAUUUUAAACAGUAGCAUCCUCGGUGGGAUUUGUCUGCUUUCAGCGGCGACAGCAACGCAUUGGACUUCAUGCGGGACUUGCAAGCUUUUGGAAGAGGCUACAGGAAAUGCAUGCUGUUCCGAAGGAGAAUGCCUGGAGGCGCUUUGGAAGACGCCAAUUGCCGACUGCGAUGCCUACCCGAAGCCCGGCUCAACUGUGCGUCCAUCAGCGAGUGAAACGAUGAAACGAUUCGAGGCUCUUCUCGAACAGGGCCAAACCGGUUGCACGAAGGAUGAUGUGAGCGCGAGUAGGCCAUUUCUUCACAUAAUGAACCUUGAAUCAGCCCGUAGGCGAAUGUUUCCCCCGGUCAAUUCUGUUGCAUUGAGCGUCGUUGAGUUCAAGCCUCCUGCUAGCGCUCGGCCCGAGUCCUUAUGGAACUUUCGCGUGCAAAAGGCGAACUUCCGACCAGGAGUGACAGGGGUUGUGGCGGUAAGAAGAAGAGACUCGCAUGAGACUCACAACAGGGUGAGUCUGCGCAUCGGCCGAAUCGCGGUGUUCUAG